GCAGAGCGUUUGCCACAUUAUCCGCUGUGUGCUUCUAUCGGCCACGUACACAAACGAAGAGAGCCAAAUGUUUAACAUCGAUGUUUAGGAAGUUACAAUAACGUACUACUGAUGCCAAAAGACUAAGGUACAAAUGGAAGCUCACACUAACGUCAGGUGUAGAUAGUAUAUCCAGAUCUAAAUUACCGAAGAAAGACACAAAGCAGGAAAAAACUGUAAUCUCCCGUAUGAAGCUCCCAUAAAAGGAAAGAAGACGAACACGAUGAAUAUCCUCAAUGAAUGGAGAGAGUGGGUGUAGCUAGACUCGGAAGCGUCCCGAGGGGCUCUUCUAAAAGGAGACUUCCGUGAUCUCGCAAAAGUCUGUGGCUAAGCGGAGCGCAGCCUACUCCUAACAGGCCGAGCUCAUGAAGGAGGGUGUCAGUGUGUGGCACACCGAACUGGAGAAGACGGACCGUUAAGCGGAUUCGGUAACAGAGGUUGGAAAAUGUCAAUGAAAUUGUGGAAACUGGAUAAGUGAAAGUAAGGAGAAAAAAGAAGACUUGAAGUGCCGGCAUGGAGUCUCAUCACAUAAGGCGUCAUCAACACAAUGAUCAGUAAUAAUCAUCACUCUAGCAUCCUUGAACACCAAGCAGAACCAUUAAGACUGUCUUCUCACCUGGAUAUUGUACAAUGCAUGCAUGAUUAGCCAGCUCUGCUUAUAUUCUUACCAGUGCAAAUAUGUCAGAGAAAAAAAGCAGUAUGGUAGAUGUUAGGCCCAAAGCACACCGCAGCCGGAGUGCUGACAGCUAUGUGUGGAACAGUAAGAAACGCUUGAAAAAGAUUAAAAGUGGGACGAGCACUGUGACUGAUGCAGACGGAGCUGCAAAAGGUACCUGCUGUUCCAAGAGGAAUCGCAGAGAGAGGAAAUACAGUUCAUCCUCCGUGGGUGAUCUCGAUUCGGACAAUCAAUCUCCUUCUCGCAAAGCCCUAACUGGACGAUCUCUGAGACAAAAGCUCCAGGAUGCCAUGGGUCAAUGCUUUCCCCUCCGGAGCCACCAUCAGACAGCAGGUUCACGGUCCUUCUCUGUGAUGCUGUGGUCCAAGCGUAAGAUUCAUGUUUCCGAGCUGAUGCAGGAGAAGUGUCCUUUCUCACCCAAGUCUGAGCUUGCUCGCUGUUGGCACCUUAUCAAGAAACACCCAGUUCAGCACAUGGAAAGGCAGGCUGGAGACAGAGACUCUUUACUGCAUGCCCCAGUGCCACCACUAAUCUCAUGGAGAAAAGUCGACUCACAGACGGUGCCUUGUGAAUCUGAAGAGUCAGAUGAGGAGUUAUCAGGACCUUCAGCCACUUCUGCUGGCCAGGAAUGUGCAGGGCAUCUUGUAAGUGACUCAGAGUCAAUAUGCACAUAUUUCCUUGUCCCUGACCUUUUACAGAUCAGCAAUAGCACCUGCUACUGGGGAGUUUUAGACCGCUAUGAAGCUGAGGCCCUGCUGGAGGGUAAGCCAGAAGGAACCUUCCUGCUUCGAGACUCAGCCCAGGAGGAUUUCCUGUUUUCUGUGAGCUUCAGACGCUACAGCCGAUCUCUUCAUGCACGAAUUGAGCACAGCGGACAUUUUUUUAGCUUCGAUUGGAGAGACCCCUGUGUGUAUCGGGACCCUAGUGUCACUGGUCUUAUCCAGCAUUACAGUGACCCAGCGACAUGCCUGUUUUUUGAGCCUUUGCUUUCAAUGCCCUUGCCCCGCAAUUUCCCAUUCUCGUUGCAGCAUCUCUGCCGCGCGGUAGUCUGCAGUCAAACCACCUACCAAGGGGUGGACGCGCUACCACUGCCCAAUGCUUUACGAGAGUAUCUCAAGGAGUACCACUAUAAGCACAAAACAGAUUCCUCCAAAUAGUGAAACUCUCACAGUAGAAGAUCAUCUGAACAACUCUUAAGGCACUACUGGCCUCCAGGUCAAUAUGUAUUUGGGCUGCAAGGUAGUACUGGGAGCUCAGCAUUAUGCAUCAUGGUUUCAAAAUGAGCGUAAUGGUUCAUUCAAACCAGAGACUUAAGCAACAUUAACACUCUUUCUAAAGACAAGGAGCUAUAUUUGUCCUUGUAUAGUAAAAUCAUGGAUUGGCUUUACUUGUUGGUAAGAACCCACCCACCAAGGCAGACAGAAGUGAUAUCCAGAUUUAUGCUUGGCAACACAAUAGGAAAGUGAAAAAGUAUUGUAAAGUACUAUUUAAAGUACAUGGCCCAAAGAUUUGACACUGGUCUCUCGCUGUUACAUAGAAUCGUGUUUGAUUUUCAUUCCAGCUGCUGUGUGUAGCAUUUGCAUGUUCUCUCAGUGUGUGUUUCAGUUUUCUCUGGCUGUACUGACUCUGCAAGGUCUGAAGAUCUGCCCUGAAUGAGUCCACAUGCCUAGUUAUGACCUGGUGUCCUAUCCAGGAUUGGUUCAUUAGAAAAUUGUGACGAGAACAGGCCUACUCCAUCCUAUUCACCUAAAUUGUCCUAAAUCAUAUCAAGUCAAGAUUUGAAGGACUCUAAAGUUUUACUCUCCCAACACACAGCUUGGUAAUUUAUUUCUUGUGUCUAUGGUACUUUACAGGAAGAAAAACUUUCUGACAUUUCUAUGAAAUCAUCCUUUAAAAAGUUUCCAACCAUGUCCCUGUGUAUUUGUUGGCAGCAUUUAUUUUAAAGUAACAACUGUGAUCUAGUGUACUAAUUCCUUUCAUUAUUUUAAACACUUCAACAGUGACAUCACUAGGGUUCUAGGGUUGGUGGCACCCAGUGCGGUAAGUAAGGCCAGAUAAAGACCCCCCACAGGCCCCUGGGUGACUUGAUGAGUGGAGCUCCUAAACACAGAAUUGGUCACACUUUAAACAAUGCAGUGCACAGACACUCGGCUGUUUAAUGCAGUACGGUGAUCCCUACUAUUAAUGGUGCGCAGACACUCGAUCAUUUCAUCAAUCAAGGGAGGGAUCUCUUUUGCAAUUUCAGACCAAAGCACUGCACAAACACUUUAUAGACAUUCAUUUGGGUGUCACCCAGUGUGGUUCACCCCCCACCACUGAUGCUACUGCACUUCCAUCAAGUCACCUUUUAAUCUCCAUUUGUUCAAACCAUAAAGGUUCAACUCCUUCAAUCACUCCUCAUAGCCCAUACUGCUUAAUCUUGGAAUCUCUGGACUUUCUCUAGUGCUGCUCUGUCUAUAUUUACAUAUGGAACACAGUACUGCAGAUGAGGUCUUACUUGUGCACUCUAUAAUUUAAGCAUAAUUUCCCUUGAUUUAUACUCCACACAUCAUGAUUAGUGAUGCGCGAACUCCAUGGUGUUCGCUUUGCCUGGAGUUCAGAGAAGUCACAAAAGUGUUCGCUGAACUUGGCAAAAUGCAUUGAAAUCAAUGGGGACUGUCAGGUGGUAUAAAUGACUAACCAAUCAUAGGCUUUACACGUAUGCUGGAGGUGGAGUCUGCCUGGAUGACAGUGUAGGAAAGACCGCAAGUUGUUCAGGUCAUUUUAUAAGGUUUAUGGAAAUGAGACAAAUAGUUUGGUGAGCUCAUUGAUCAUUAUCAUAUAUUCAAAAGAAACCCUUAUUCAGGAUGAUGUACUAGUUUAGGAUUCAUUGCCAUUGUUUACAUAAAUAUUUUUACAAUUGGAGUUCAAUUUGCUGAGGGUCACACAGUGAUUUGAUGGGUUGAACUGAACCGGCAACCAUGAGGUUUAACGACUAGCGUCCAGCAUUAAUGGAAAUACGGUGACCGUAAAUAUGGACUCACUCUUAAUUUAUGGACACAACAUGAACAUCCAAUCGGUUAUAGACUGAUAAUUAUUAUAUGGUAAUUUGGAACUUUCUUCAUGAAUACUUUAUUGUGAACUCAAUUGCUAUUCUGACAGUUUUACAAAGUUUACUAGGAACUUGUUGACUUUGAGAAUGUGACACUUUAAAGACUUACAAAAUCAUUUAUUUUGAGGUCACUACAGAAGGUACAGGUUUGGUUUUACUUUAUUAGCCAUUUAUGUAGGGUCUUCACAUUAUUUCUGCAUCCAUCUGGGAUUGCUUCUGACACACUGAAUUCCAUUAUAUCUUAAAAAUGUGGAUGCUAGGUUAACUGGAGACUCAAAAUUAUCUAACAAGUGGUGAUAUAUGUGUAAGAAAACACUGCGUCUUAAUUUUUUAUGAUAUGCUCCCAGUGAACCGCUAGUGGAAACAGCAGGUUCAUAAAUACAUGGUAUGGCAUUAAUAUAAAAAGAAGUACAAGUAUUCUUCAAUAGCAAGAAAUUGAUUUUUUUAUGGUAAACGAUGUAAAUAUAAAUCAUCUACAGGAAAAUAUGGACCUAUGUUAUAGCUAUGAGAUUUAGCAAAAAUUUCCAGCAAGAUCAUCUUUCUGUUGUUCUAAUCCUGCUGUCUCUAGUACAAGGCGUUGGGGAAGUGAAGACUUUUGGGGUGCCUUGGUAAAACAGAGAAAACAGCCCACUUCAUCGUGGAACUCACUCGUUCAUUUCUGGGGCCAAAUUACAGUUGCUAAUUUGACUAACAUACCUAGCUUUGGGAUGUAGGAAGAAGACUUCUGAAACAGUUUCAUGCAGUUCUGUAGAAAGCUCUCUGAUUUUUUAAAUGAAUUUACAAAAAACAAAAUACUUGGAAAAAAGUUCGAUUACUUGUAUGUGAAACAUCAUGACCUGUAUUCAAAAAUGCAAAGACUGACCACUUUUAUGAAAGAAAUGUUUUAAUAUUCAAUAUGUCUACCUCUUUUAUUAUAUAAUAAUAUUUAUUAUAAUUAACAAAGAAUAAUUUGCACUGUAUAUACUUGGUUUCAAACUUUUUGAGUCUGUUUUCUUAUGCAAGAUGCAGCUAUACAUUGUCAUUACCGAACAGCUUGCAAAAGUUUUUAAAACAUUUAACUACCUUGAAAGUGUUAUAUGGUAUUAGUAAUAAGCUCAUCUUUCUGAAGACUUUAUUUGGAGUAAUGAAUGUGAAGCAAAGAGUAAAUAUCUAUGAUAGAUAUUAUAAUGCUCAGCACUGGAAUUUACUGAGAAAAUGAAAUGUGCAAAUCUUCUCAUUUUUUGACUCAUUAACAACAUUAUC